CAAAGAGCUCCAGGGAAAGUUCUUCAUGAUGCUGUUUGCAACCACCUGAACCUUGUUGAAGGCGACUAUUUUGGCCUGGAGUUUCCAGAUCAUAAAAAGAUGAUGGUGUGGCUUGAUCUUUUGAAGCCUGUUAUGAAACAGAUUAGAAGACCGAAGCACGUUGUUGUAAAAUUUGUGGUAAAAUUCUUCCCACCUGACCACGCUCAGCUGCAGGAGGAAUUGACAAGGUACCUAUUUGCAUUGCAAGUGAAGCAGGACCUGGCACAGGGAAGGCUAACCUGUAAUGAUACCAGCACUGCCCUCUUAAUCUCACACAUAGUACAGUCUGAGAUUGGAGAUUUUGAUGAAACCGUAGAUCGUGAACACUUAGCGAAGAACAAGUAUAUACCUCAGCAAGAAGCACUAGAAGACAAAAUCAUGGAAUUUCACCGUAGUCACAUGGGACAGACACCAGCAGAGUCUGACUUCCAGCUUUUAGAGAUUGCUCGUCGGCUGGAGAUGUAUGGAAUACGCUUGCAUCCAGCCAAAGACAGGGAAGGGACAAAAAUCAACCUGGCUGUUGCCAACACAGGCAUUCUGGUGUUUCAGGGUCACACCAAGAUCAAUGCCUUCAACUGGGCUAAGGUUCGAAAGCUCAGCUUCAAGAGGAAACGUUUUCUUAUCAAACUACGGCCUGAUGUGAAUAGUUCGUUCCAGGACACGCUGGAAUUCCUUAUGGCCAGUCGAGAUUUUUGCAAGUCUUUCUGGAAGAUCUGUGUGGAGCAUCAUGCCUUUUUCAGGCUUUUUGAGGAACCUAAACCAAAGCCUAAACCUGUUCUUUUUUCUAGAGGUUCAUCAUUUAGGUUCAGUGGUCGGACUCAGAAGCAAGUUCUUGACUAUGUUAAAGAAGGAGGGCACAAAAAAGUACAGUUUGAAAGGAAGCACAGCAAGAUUCAUUCCAUCAGGAGUCUUACUGCACAGCCUUCAGAACAGCAUACAGAGGUGCCAAAACAAGUCAGUGAUAGCUCUAGCUUUGCCUAUGGAGAUGACAGUGAUGCUGCAGCAGUGCAGAGCUCCCGGCAAGGGAAGGAGUUGAAGGCUUCAACAGAAGACACUGGACAGCAGAAGAGCCCUUCCUUGAAGAAGAGCCCGAAGGAAGGCAGAAAGGUGGAUGGAGCGGUGGUGUCAACAGUGGAGGAAGAAGAGGAGGCUGCUAAGGACAGGAUGCAGCAGAACAGACCUCAGUCACAGCAACCAAGCACAGGUUCUCUGACUGGCAGCCCUCACCUUUCAGAGCUUUCCAUCAAUUCCCAAGGAGGACCAUCGGUGGCAAAUAUGUCUUUAUCUCCAAACUUGAGCCCUGAUGCCAAGCAGUCCUCUCCCUUGAUCAGCCCUUUGCUGAAUGACCCAUCAUGCAUCAGGACUGAUGAUGAGGAAGAGGUUAAAAGAAAGAGAUUCCCAACUGAGAAAGCUUACUUCAUUGCUAAAGAAGUAGCGACCACAGAACGAACAUACCUGAAGGACCUUGAAGUCAUCACAUCGUGGUUUCAGAGUGCAGUGAGUAAAGAGGAUUGCAUGCCCGAAACACUGAAAAAUCUCAUUUUCUCCAACUUCGAACCUUUGCACAAAUUUCACACUGGUUUUCUCAAGGAGAUUGAGCAGAGACUUGCUCUGUGGUAA